AUGGAAGAUUCCAUUGCGACAGCGACCGGCCAUGGCCAGGUUCAGGUAUAUUUCAGUACCAAUUCCCCAGAUAUUGAAUUGCCGGAAGAGAAGAGACAACUGCGUGUACCAACAGAUGUUCGAAGAUAUGGCUUGUCUCAGAUUCUAAACUCAGAGUCUAUGCUGGACACAUCGGCGCCAAUUCCAUUCGACUUUCUCAUUAACGGCACCUUUCUGAGAACCACGAUCGACGAAUACCUGGUUGCAAACGGAUUGUCCUCAGAAACGACGCUGAAUCUGCAAUACGUGCGAAGUUUAAUACCUCCGUUAUACGAGGCGAGUUUCGAACACGACGAUUGGGUCAGUUGCGUAGAUGUGCUGUCGGGAAGCUCUGCGGCGGGGAAGUGGAGUGGGAAAACCGUCUCUGCAGGCCAAGAACGAAUUCUAUCAGGAUCUUAUGACGGAUUGUUGAGGAUAUGGAAUAAAUCUGGACAGGUCAUUGCGACUUCAACUUCAUCUAGUGCAGGCGGACAUACCUCGAGUAUCAAAUCAGCGAAGUUCAUUUCUUCAACCCAAAUUGCUUCUGCUGGACUGGAUCGCACUGUUAGAAUAUGGAAGUACUCGGAGGUAGAGGAUGGGUUCUCCGGAGAGCUGAAACCGACACUAGAACUAUAUGGGCACAAGGCUGGAAUCGACUCAAUCGACGUACAUGGCCCUUCAAGCAGGAUCUUGACAGCAUCAACUGAUGGGAUGAUUGGGUUAUGGACGACACAAAAGGCUUCGGCGCCUGCUGUGAACACGUCUUUACUAAACUCGGGACCAACGGCAAAGAGAAGGAAACUAACAACAUCCACUUCUACCACUCAGCGAGGUCCUCUAUCACUCAUAUCGUCGCACACAGCACCAGUAUCAGCAGUGAUAUUUAAUCCAUUAGAUGCAACUGUGGGUUACUCAGCUUCACAUGACCACACCAUACGUACAUUCGAUCUUGCGACAUCGACGGUUGUAGACACCCGAACAACUUCCCAUCCGUUACUUUCACUGUCAGCGCUUCCCGGAAUUUCAACACAACUACUAGCAGCUGGAACAAGUGCUCGACACAUCACUCUUCUCGACCCUAGGAUAUCGGCAUCUUCAACCCAGGUCAUGACACUUCGUGGACAUACAAAUAAGAUUGUCUCCCUUUCACCUGAUCCAGAAAGUAACUACGGCCUAGUAUCAGGAAGUCAUGAUGGUACGUGUAGGGUUUGGGAUUUGAGAAGCUCAAGACAGGGGACGAAAGAUGAAGGUAAUGGCUUGGUUGGAGAAGCCGUUUACGUUGUGGAGAGAGAUAGUCAGAAAGAUCAAGCCAAGCGGCCAGUCGGUGGUGAGGGCAUCAAGGUAUUUGGUGUCAGCUGGGAUAAGGAUGUUGGUAUUGUCAGUGCUGGUGAGGAUAAGAUGGUUCAGAUAAAUAGGGGCCGUGGUGUUACAAGAGCCGAAAACUCAUGA